ACAGUUUUCAACGACCUCGAGUAUACAUAGGGCCAUAGGGAGCGUAUCUAUGUUCUCUGUUGCAGUGGCGCCUUGUGAAGUAGAAGAAGAUGGCGCGUCAAUGCCUUUGUAGGCUCCGGUGGCGCGUGCUUUUGUUACCAUUGUCUCUGUUUUUGGUGGUCGGAGUUUUCCGGGUGGGUAUCUGGCCGAAAACCAUCUCCGUCCUCGAAUUUUCAGAAACCGGCCGCAAAUUCCAGGCGCCAGAGCUCGGGGGCUCGCCGGAGCGCCACCGUGCUGAUAAUUUCUCUGUUUCUAGCCCGACGAAACCCGUGGAGAUUCAAUCAGAAGAUGUAUUGGGGCCGUAUCACAAUUGGGAGCUUUUCGCGGCCGAUUACGAAGAAAUGAUCAAAACCCUAAGGAUUUUCGUGUACCCAGACGUGUAUUUGAACAAAUCUUCGCCCUUAGCCACCGUUUUUCUCCCCCACCCUGACCCUUCAAAGCAGGGGAAUUACUUCAGCGAGCACAUGUUCAAGGCGGCGCUUCUCCGGAGCUCGGUCCAGACGCGGCGGCCGGAGGAUGCGCAUUUCUUCUUCAUGCCGUUUUCCAUCAACGCAAUGCGCAACCACCGUGACCUGCACUCCGCCGCCGCCAUUUCCGAUUUCGUCGCCGGAUACGCCGCCAGAAUCAGCUCGGAGUUCGAAUUCUGGAAUGCUUCCGGCGGCGCUGAUCACUUCUACGCCUACUGCCACUCGAUUGGGCGAACCGCGGCGUCUAAGCAUCGUGUCUUGCAUCACAAUGCCAUCCAAGUCACUUGCUCCUCCAGCUACUUUCAGCGGAUGUACAUCUCCCACAAGGAUGUCGGGUUGUCGCAGGUUUGGCCUCGCCAGCAAGAACAAACCUUGAAUCCUCCUAAUGCUAGAUACAGGCUAGCAUUCUAUGCCGGGCGAGCACAGAACUCGCACACGAGGCAAUGGCUGAUCGACCUGUGGAAGAACGACUCUGCAUUCGACAUAUUCCCCGGGAGUUCUUCGUUUCCAUACGCAGAAGGGUUCCGGAGAAGCAAAUAUUGCCUGCACGUUAAGGGGUACGAGGUGAACACCGCGAGGGUGAGUGAUGCUAUACACUAUGGGUGCAUCCCGGUUCUGAUCUCGAAUCACUACGAUCUCCCUUUCGCCAACGUAUUGGACUGGACAAAGUUCUCAGUGAUUCUCAAUGAAGGAGACAUUCCCAUGUUGAAGAAGAUACUGCUCUCAAUUCCUGAGCAAACAUACCUCAACUUGUACAAGAAUGUUGGCAUAGUCCGGAAGCAUUUUGCAUGGCAUAUGACUCCCAAGAAUUAUGAUUCUUUCUAUAUGACAGUGUACCAGUUGUGGCUCAGAAGGGGACUCACCCGAGUAGCCUGGUGACGAUCAACAUGUCUAGUUGCACCGAGUACCAUCAGGCCGGGUACAAACAUUAGGUAUACUUGUUAGGAUGGUCUAAAAUAAAUGGUUGAAAAAUAGAAUGAACUAGGUUCAACAAUAGAGUUUUAAGCACCACCAUUGUUAAAGGUGUGUAUAUGAUUGUGUAAAUAGAAGGGUAUAUUUGCCCAUAAUAAAGGCAAAAUUUCUUUGCC